AUGAUUAGGACUAUUUAUGAUGAUAAAAUCCACUUCAUAGACCAAGAGUUUUAUUUUAAACAAAUCUCUUGCCUCAGAUCACCUAAAUUUUAUUGCAAAUAUCAAAGAAAUAAUUCAAACCUAUGGCCAAGAAUUGAGGUUGCCAAUUGUGCCAUACUAAGAAGUAGUGUUGGACAAAGAAAAGUGUCAAUUAUCAGAUUAGUAGCUUAA